AUGGUAACGGCUAUUGAUAAUGUUAGCGAGGAUCUUGUUUUACAACAGCUUAGGUGUUGUGGGGUGUUGGAGGUUGUUAGAAUAUCAAGAUCUGGAUAUCCUACUCGUUUGACACAUCAAGAGUUUGCAGGAAGAUAUGGGUUUUUAUUGUCAGACAAAAAGGUCUCUCAGGAUCCUCUGAGCGUAUCAAUAGCUGUUCUGAAACAGUAUGAUGUUCAUCCUGAAAUGUAUCAAGUUGGCUAUACAAAACUGUACCUACGAACUGGACAAAUUGGUAUCUUUGAAGAUAGAAGAAAGAAAGUUCUUCAAGGGAUAGUGGGAUUACAAAAGCGUUUCCGUGGUCACUUGUCUCGUGAGUACUUUCAAAGUAUGAGAAACGGAGCAUUGGUACUUCAGUCAUAUGUACGAGGUGUAAUUGCCCGAAGGAUGUUUGAUAUUGAAGCAAAGCUCUAUGCAGAUUCUGUUUCUGAAGCAAGCACAGGAGAGUUAACUGCAGUCAUACACUUGCAGUCUGCUGUUAGAGGAUGGUUAGCUCGAAAACGAUUCAGCAGUAAGCAAAGACAGAAAGAGUUACUCAAUGUGACGACAAUAUCAAAGAGGAAAUCAGAAGACAAGGAGCAGUUCCAAGUUCAACCAUCAGCUAUGUCUGAUCUCCAGAAGCGGGUUUUGGAAUCUGAAGCAGCUUUAGUUCAGAAGGAAGAAGAAAACACAGCGUUGAGAGAGCAGUUGAGACAGUUUGAGGAGAGAUGGUCAGAGUAUGAACUAAAGAUGAAGUCAAUGGAGGAAACAUGGCAAAAGCAAAUGUCAUCGUUGCAGAUGAGUCUCGCGGCUGCGAGAAAGAGUCUAGCGACAGAGAACGUUACAGGUCAAGCAGGAGGAGGAGCAAGACAAGACACAUCGGUAUCACCUUUCGGUUAUGAAUCAGAGGACACAACGUCUACUACUGCAACUCCAGGGUUAAGGACACCCACAACUAACUUCACAAACGGAAACACUCCUGAACUCAGAAGCAGAGAGCAUCCCAACGGAAGUUUGAACGCUGUUAAUCAUCUCGCGAGAGAGUUUGAUCAAAGGAGACUCAAUUUUGACGAAGAUGCUAGAGCCAUUGUGGAGGUGAAAGUAGAGCCGGAGGCAACUGCUACAAACGGGCAGCAACAGCAACAACAUCCAGAAGAUGAAUUUAGGAAACUGAAGCUAAGAUUUGAGACAUGGAAGAAAGAUUACAAGGCUAGAUUAAGAGAGACUAAAGCAAGACUCCAUAGUGAUAAACGUCGUCACCGGAAAUGGUGGGGCAAAUGAGACUAGAGCAGUCGCUUAGGUUUGUUGUAUUAAGUUAUAGAUUGAGAGCAUUGUAGAUUCAGCUGAGAGAGAGAUGUAUUUUGUUCUUUUUGGAACUUUGUUAUGUGCAUAGCAUCAAAUAGAGUUUUUGUAUUUUGAGAGCAACAAGAAAGAUUAUGUUUCAUAUCAUUUCAUCAA